AUGGUUUCAAGCAAAAACGACCUUGAUAAAGUCGAACAGCUCGGCCGGAUCCUCGAGAAAAGCUCAUCACCGAAUAACCUAUCGGAAUCCCUACGCUGCCUCUCCAAUCCGUACCACAAAAAUAGCGGGCGAGAUGAUAUAAUUUUUGACUUGUUCAAAUUGCCUGGGACGAAUGAGGCGUCAGUCGGGAAGCUGAUUACGGUCCUAAAAGGUCUCGGCUUGCGAAGAGACGAUCCUCGACUCAAGGAAAUGAUGUCAAGGGUCCGAACGUUCACCAAAAUGGAGGAAGAGCUCAACCACGAGACUAAGGACCCAAACCACUGGAAGCUGAGCCGAGAGCAAUUUUGCGAAUGUAUUUCCCCGUCAACGGAGCUGAUUUCACAAGCCCUCCAAAAUAACCUUGUCAUCCCCUGUUGGCCAGUUUUUACCGAGAAGAUCAGAGAUAUAUAUUUAAAGUGCAAAUUGAUCAAGGACGGCCAAUGCGCGCAGUACAUUCCGCAACUAGCCAGGGAGACCCCGAAAAGUUCGGAGUAUCGAUAUGUACUGUCGAUGGGCAGCGGGCCUCCUGGGGCGAUUCCAAGAUCCCCUUCUGCGUCCAGUCCGUCUCCAAGGCGUUCACCUACGCCA